UAUCUUCAAUAUACUUGGCGUAGACUAUUUCCAUCCUGUGAUAACGUAGAUAUGGAACUAUUAAACCAGACAGACGUGAAGUUACAAACGACAACUUAAGCUAACAUUAUUAGCUAGCUAAGUACCGUUAGCUAGCUCAGUAUGCUAUGCUAACUUAGCCUGCUGUCUAUUUUUGCGAAAUAGCUGUGAUUUCUCAUAACAAAGCAACAUUUGAACUGAUUGCUUGCUACAGCCGGAGAACAACAUUUUCUCCGCAAUUUUUUGUUGUUGUUGCUUCAGCUCACACAAUGUAUGAGGAUUUAGAUGAACCCCAGCCAAACCAGUCAAAUCUACUGGUUCCUGACUGUAUCCAUGGUGACCAGAGCACAGGCGGUCCAGAGAUGGGUCCUAGGAGCCUUGACUACUUCAGUGACUUUCUAAGAUUGAGAGGAGAGAGUUCCAGCCGUCACUCUGACAGUGAGGGGGCAAGUUCUACCUCAGGAGCACCUGAACAACAGGAGGACAAUCACACAGCCAAGAACACACACAGCUGCAGAGAGUGUGGAGAGGAGUUCCCUACCCAGCAUUAUCUAAGAAAACAUCGUAACACAACACACACAGGAGAGAAGAAGACCAGUCCCAAACCCAGGAAGAGCUACAGCUGCCUGGACUGUGGGAAGGAGUUCCCAUGUCCAUCUAAACUACAACGACACCUUCUGACUCACACAGGAGAGAGGCCCUGCUUCUGUUCUGACUGUGGGAAGAGUUUCACUCGGGAGGAACAUCUGAAGACACAUCAGCGGUUCCACUGUUCUAGUGGGGAGGGCAGUCCCUCUAUAUCGGGAGAUCCUGAACAGGCAAAGAACUGCUGCCUGGAGUGUGGAAGAGAGUUCUCUAGUGCUUACAAACUACGCAGACACCUGCUGACACACACGGGAGAAAAGCCUCACUCCUGCUCCGUGUGUGGGAAGAGUUAUACUUAUCUACACACCUUGAAAUCACAUGAGCUGAAACACACCGGGGAGAAGUCUUACAAAUGUUCCGUGUGUGAGAAGAGCUUCAACCAAAAGGGAAAUUUGAACCAACACAUGUUAGUGCACACUGGUGAGAAACCUUUCUCCUGCUCUGUCUGUGGCAAGUGCUUCACCCAGAAAGCCAACCUGACUGCCCACCAGCUCUCCCACACAGGAGAGAAGCCUUUCUCCUGUUCCAUCUGUAGGAAGGGCUUCACUCAGAAAGCAUAUCUUAAACAACACCAGAAACUGCACACUGGAGAGAAGCCUUACGCCUGCUCCGAGUGUGACAAGAGAUUUACCUUCUGUACAUCCUUGAAAAGACACCAGCUGCAACACACAGGAGAGAGACCGGACUCGCUAAGUUUGAAAGAAAUACACCAGCAAUCACACGGCAAAAAAGUUGAGGAGAGUCUCUCUGCAUCAGCAGCAGAACCUGAACAACACCAGGAGAAUCACACAACUAAGACGUCAUCUCACUGCUGCUUAGAAUGUGGGAAACAUUUCAAAACGUCAUCGUCUCUACAGAUCCACAUGAGAAUCCACACAGGAAAGAAGCCAUACCCCUGCCCUGAUUGUGGGAAGAAUUUUGCUACAAAAGGAAGUUUGAACUUGCACCAGCGGUCACACACAACAGAAGCAGAGAAACCCAUCCACUGUGAGGAGCAGAACACAUCACAGGGGCAGGAGAUGGUAUCUAAUAACCUACAGGACCUCUGUCAAACACUGGGGCUGAAGGCUAAAGUCGAAGAGGAGAAGGACAAGGUGGAGGAGGAUGGAGAAGGGGCGACGGAUAAUGCAGAGGAAGUUGGAGGGCUGAUUAAUUCUGAUGGAGAAGAAGUUGACUGGGAUUCUGUUCAACAUAGUAAGUGGAGGCAGAACGCUGACUGUUCUUCAGUUACACAGUAA